AUGGCCGAGUCAAACGUAGAUGAUACCGGUAAGGAUAUUUGGUCAUUAAUUUCUCUAGAUAAAUUGGCCACUGCCAUUUCUUCUCUUGGUGAGCGUAUUGAUCAACUCAAAGAUGAUUCAUGGCGCUUAAGCGAGAAAACUAAAUCUUCUAGCUCAUGCUGGAGCGAAGUUAUUAAUGGAUUGAAACUUGAUGAUAACGAAAAAAAUCGCCACACUUUAUACAAAGUGUGGCAUGGUAAUCGGCAUAAAAUACAUGCUCUUGUUGACGAGAAGAAGAGCGAAAUUAAGAUUAAUAAAAUAAAAGAACAGGAAGGUUAUGAGAGUAACUCAACAUGUAAUAAUUCUGUUAGCGAGAAGGUGAUUGCACCUUUACAUUCUGAACCAUCGUUACCUCUACCUGAACCACGCAAUACACGCACAUAUCAGAAAGCAAUAACAAGUGGUAAUUUCUAUGAACGUCAUUGUAUUAAAACGGAAUUUAUUUCUCUUACUCGUAUUGAAUGGAAAGAUACAUAUAGUCGUACUCAUAAGAAAACGAUGCCUGGUUGGACCAGAAUUUUUAAUGAGAAAUUGAGGUCUAUUGGUAACACAUGCUCAUUACGUUUUCAUUCUGCUUGCAUACCAAGCGGUGUAAGAAAACAUAACUGUUCUGAUUUUUGGUUCAGUACAGCUUGUACUGGCGAUAAAUGUCAGAGAAAAUAUAUCGUGAGUCAUAGAAGAGAUAUGGAUAAUAACUUAAUGCUUCUAUUUCGUGUGGACACCUAUGGCGAAGAAAAUCACAGUGAAGACAAUAUAAUGCGACCACGUAAAAUAAGUGGGGGAGAACGUCUAGCUCUUGGAAAACGAGCGAAUGAAAUUGGUCCAUCAGCAACAUUUCGUGAAUUGGUGGAAGCUGCUGAUGAAGAUAUGCUCGUAGCAGAUUCGACUGGUGGAGUAUUAAAGCCAAUGAAAGAGCAAAAUGAUAUAUACAUUUAUACAAUAAUGUUCAAAGAUGGGAUUGAUGCAUUGGAUAAUGUUCCACUAGCGCACGCUAUUUUAACAGAUCACACAGUUCCGGGCAUUGGUUACUUUCUUGGCAAUGUAAUUCAUAGCGUCAAUCAAGUGACAACAAAGAAAAAACUACGUCCUCCUUCAUUUAUCAUCAUUGAUUUUUCUGCUGCUCUUAUGAACGCCGCUCUUCAGCAAUUCAAUAUUGAAACUGUUAACAAACAUCUCAAACGAUGCUGGAAUGUUAUACAUCGCAAAUAUAGUGCUGAAAAUAUUCGAUCAUUAUCUUAUAUUCAUUUAUGCUGUUGCCAUGUUAUGCAUGGCAUUGCAAGAAGUCUGAAUGCUGAAAAAUUUGAAAAAAAAACACGAGAAGCUGUGUUAUAUAUAUUCGCUUAUAUGUUAUGUAGCGAUGAUAUCAAUCAAUUAUAUGACACAUUAGGAUUAGUGAUUAAUAUAUUCGGCGAUCCAAACGAACAGAACGCAAAAGAGAAGCUUGAUAAAAUAUGCUCUCUUAAAUUGAACGUUGAUGAAGAAAGUGAGUCAGUUUUAAAAGACUUUGAUAAAAGUUUUAGAACAGCUGAAGUGAACGAAGAAGAAUUAAAGCUUGUGGAUGAAUAUUUUGAAUCAGAUGAACCAAUUAUUCACCAGUCGCCAUUUAAUAAAGAGGCUAUUAAACGCUAUCCAUUGCUGAAUGAGAUAGUAAUAAAAAAAAAGAUAAAAAGCAGUAAUAAUAAUGCAUUGUUUUCUGCAUCGAUAAUGCGUAUAUUCUAUCGAUGGUGA